AUGUCGUACUCAAGCAGCAGUGGGGGCACCUUAACCCUUCCAUCCCCGACUCACGUCCACCAUGUCGAUGUGAAUGCGGCUGUGCGGUCAUUGCGACGAUCCAUGUCAAGGUCCCCCUCCAAGUUCAGCUUAGUCCGAACAGCUUCAUCAGCCUCCAGCUCUGAGGGCUCAUCAGCAGACUUGCCCCGAUCCCCCUCACAGCUGGCAGGCCGAUGUCCCACAACUUCGCAAAUAAAUACACCUACACCAGAAUCAUCCUCUUCCUUUUUCCAGCAAACAACCACCCAGACACCUUUCCAACCCAGUGUCAAGCUCUCGGUGCGAUCAGCAAGGCCCAAGUCUGUGGCACCGCGGUCUUUAUCUCGGACGCGCGCCUCGCCCAAAAGCCCUUUGAAGCGCGUCUUUGGCUUUUCUCCGGAUUCUGGUAAUCCGGCUGCACCAACCUCGUCGCCCCUGGAGGCCUGGGGCCAAGAGAACAACAGCCUCAGCGACUCUACUCUCACUUUGAGCCCUGCGUCGCGCCGCGGCCUCGAGAAACCCUCGCGCCAUUCUAUGCACCUUGAUAUUUCGGGAGCCUCGAAGCAUUCCCUCUCCAAGUUCCUCGACAUCAAAUUGGACACGUUUCCCGUCGCGUCGGUCAGCCCGCUCAAGAGAAGUGACGCCAUCAUGAAUCCGGAUCAGACCAGCUUCGGCAGCCCGGUCGCGAAGCGGCGCAGCCUGCACGGGAUCUCGAGUCUCGGCAACGACUUCAACGUAUUCGACCACCCACCUUCGCCCCAGCCGAAUAAUUUCGACAUCCACGAGGAUGGGAGCCACGAGUAUCAGCUGACUGGGUCUAUGACCGUCGGUUUACGUGACUCAUUCCCUCCUCCAACGCCGACCGCGAUGCCGCGGCGCACAUCGUCAUUGCGCAAGACUACCCUGCAGCAGCGACAUGGCGAGAGCAGAUCCUCCCUGGGCAGGCGCCAAGGCGAGAAACAUCUGGCUCAGCUAUCACAGGAAGCUACCUCGCCAAUUUCGAGAAAUCGGCCGCGGCUGUCACUGGAUCAGUACCUGCCCCCCGAGCCUCGAGGAACCCCCUUCUCGGCGCAGGGAGCUCUGCCAAAUCCGUCGCUGCACGUGGUCGAGGGGAAGCCUCCCCAACCUGCACAGCCUCCCCAACCUCACCAACCCCAUCCCCUCUCGCGAAGUCUUACCCAGUCAUCCUCGAAUUCCACUCUCCCGGAUGACUCCCCAACACAUGUCCCUACUCAUCUUAGCGGAAGACCUCGAGUUAUCAUGAACUUCUCAAAGUCUCUUCCUGUGGGCGCACGACCACCGGCGCGAGAGCCUGUCGCAACUCCCCGUUACAAGUCGGCAGUCCCAUUCCAGGCGGCGUUUAUGUCCACCGGGCUUGUGUCCAAGAUGAACCGCAAUCCGGAACGUGAAUCUCCAAAGACUCUCAUGCCAGAUACGCCUUGCAAGAAACACCCGUACGCGUCAAAUACCUUUCCCCCGCAGGUGGGAAGUGGUAGACGACAGGCACGGCCAUCAUUCGGCAGCCCCUCUACGCCGUUCAGCACUUUCCACCAGUCUCGUGGUAGUGCCUUUGGGAAUCCCGAGAAGAUUGGAAGUCUCUUCAAACCGGUUCGCACGGGGCAUAGUCGGAGAGCCAGUCUUCUGAGCCUGGACGGAGACGAUGCUUUGGGGAAUUUUGAUGCCGACCUCCCUCCCACACCGACCAAGAAUAUUCUUUUCAGACCUCUUGGCACGUCCAGUCGGGUCAACGCGACCCCAAACCCGCCUCGCACCCUCCCUGUUCCAACCUCUGCUAUCGGCCUCAGUCUUGGGUCACAGGCCGCACUCUCCAGCUGUAAGUCCAAGAGUUUGAUAUCUCCCGGAGAGACGAGCGAGACAUGGAGUGCUGGUCAGCUGUCCGAUGCAGUCAAGCCUCUCCACAUGCUCGCGAGUGCGCCCUCUCCACGGUUGCCACCGUCGUUCUCAUCGGUCUCUCGAGGCCGACCGAGGCGCGGAGCGAUCUCCACCCCCAGUCCACUCACUGUGGCCGUGACAGUGCCCCUCACGGGUGCUUCGAAGAAUGGGCUUGCUAACUCAAGCUGUCUCGCCCCAGCGAGUCCGUUGGAACAUGCAGGGACCCCCGGAGGAUCGUCCCCCCGGACCCCUCAAGAUAGUAUGGGGCCGCCCGAUGCAGGCCGCUUGUCCCUGUCCAAUCCUCUUGACGAUCAAGCAUCAGCUGGAGAGGAAAUGAAAUCCAUCCGGCCGCCGGCCACGCCGACGACACGGGGUCGCGAGGCGUUGACUGCAUUCGGGGAGCGACGAGCCAUCACGCCUGUGCAUGGUCCUGGACUAAGUGCCGUGGAUGAAGGUUUAAUCCUCAGAUUUGACAAGGCGGAGGCCGUCGGCAAGGGCGAGUUCUCCCAGGUAUUCCGAGUCACCAAGUACUCCGCUCCAGUCUUGUUCGCAGCGUCCUUUGUGACCACUCCUAGUCGACGAACCCCCCAAAGCGAAAAGACGUCGGAGGUGUACGCUGUCAAGAAGACUCGAUUCCCAUACCAUGGACCGAAGGAUCGCGAGUCGAAACUACGCGAGGUUAACGUGCUCAAGGCUCUGAGUCACUGUGACCACGUGGUCCGCUACGUGAAUAGCUGGGAAUAUAACUGCCACCUCUACAUCCAAACGGAAUACUGCGACGAAGGCAGCCUCGACGGAUUCUUGAAAAAGAUAGGCACCACUGGGAGGCUGGACGAUUUCAGGAUCUGGAAGAUCAUGCUAGAGCUCUGUCGGGGAUUGAAAAAUAUUCACGAUAAUGGCUUCAUUCACCUUGAUCUGAAACCUGCGAAUGUCUUUGUCACUUACGAGGGAAAUCUCAAGAUUGGCGAUUUUGGUAUGGCAGCAAGGUGGCCUGCCGAGAAGGGGAUCGAAGGCGAAGGCGACCGCGAGUACAUUGGACCGGAGAUCCUCCUCGGCCAGUUCGACAAACCCGCCGACAUAUACUCGCUGGGUCUCAUCAUACUAGAGAUUGCCUGCAAUGUCUUCCUUCCCGAAAAUGGCCCGACCUGGUUGGCACUCCGGGAGGGCAACAUGAGCGUCGUGCCGAGCCUCACCUGGGUUGGAGCCAGCACGGUCGUACGGGAUGCUACGGGAUGCCCGAUUGGCCACGGCUCUGGCAUUUCCUCCCUGCUGGCGGAAGAAGAUGUCGGAUCCCACGUGACCCUCUCAACGAGCGGUCGCUAUCGUAGCUUCCCCAUGACCCACGAUGCCAGCAAUCUAUUCGGCGCACCGAAGCGAGCCGAGUUGCGACAACCCCCCGCUUUCAUGGUUGAGGCAGGCGACCCCAACUCGCUCGACAGCAUCGUUUCCUCAAUGAUCCGCCCAGACCCUGGAAGUCGGCCAACCGCCGAGCAGCUCCUCGACCUGGAGGCUCUGUGCUGGGUUGCGUCGCAUCGACGAGCUGGUGCCACCGUCUUCGAAGGCAACUGGGGUCCUGAGCAAGGGCAGCUCGACUACGGGUCUCCCGAUACCGAGAUGACAGAUGUCUGA